CUGAUACUGAAAACAUCAUCAUCAUCAGCUAAGAGAUCAGAAACCAAAGCCAAAACCAGCUAUGGUUCCUUAACACCAAAGUUGCCACCAGGGCCAUUCAGGCUACCCCUCAUUGGAAAUCUACACAACCUUGUAGGUGGUCUCCCUCAUCACCGCCUGAGGGACUUGGCUAAGCAAUAUGGACCCUUGAUGCAUCUUCAGCUUGGUGAAGUUCCUCACAUUGUCGUUUCUUCACCUGAGAUUGCCAAAGAGAUGAUGAAAACUCAUGAUGUCAACUUUGCUCAAAGGCCUUUUGUCCUCAUUGCAGGUAAGUUUUAUGGUAUAGAUAUUGCCUUUGCACACUAUGGUGAUUAUUGGAGACAGAUGAGGAAGAUUUGCUCAGAAGAGUUGUUAAGUCCUAAACGCGUGCAAUCUUUUCGAUCCAUAAGAGAAAAAGAAGUGUUUGAUUUAGUUCGAUAUGUAUAUUCAAAAGCAGGUGAGGCCUUCAAUCUUAGUGACAAAAUAUUCUCAUUGACAUAUAGCAUCACUGCUAGAGCAGCCUUUGGUAAGAAGUGUAAAGAGCAAGGAGCCUUUAUAUCAGCUGUGGAGGAAGGUCUAAAGAUUGCUGCUGGUUUCAGUCUCACUGAAGCAUUCCCUUCCCAAACUUGGCUGCUUUGGAUCAGUCGCAUUGGGCCGAAUUUCAACAAGAAGAUCGAAACUGUUGAUACCACGCUUGACAGCAUCAUAAAUGAACAUAACAAAGAUAGGGAAGGAAAAACUGAAACAGGAAAAACAGAGUGUUUGUUGGAAGUUCUUUUGGAACUGCAGGGUAGUAGUGAGCUCACAGUUCCACUAGAGACUACAAACAUCAAAGCAGUCAUCAUGGACAUUUUCAUUGCUGGAAGUGACACAUCUUCUGCAGUUGUAGAGUGGACAAUGCUUGAAUUGCUGAAAAACCCGACAGAAAUGGCUAAGGUACAAGCUGAAGUUAGACGAGUAUUUGGAAGAAAAAGAAAUGUGGAUGAAACAACACUCCAUGAACUAAAAUUCCUUAAGAUGGUUAUCAAAGAAACCAUGAGACUACACCCUCCUGGUCCUUUGUUAGUGCCAAGAGAAUCUAAAGAAAGUUGUGUUAUGAAUGGCUAUUACAUACCUGCCAAAACUAAAGUACUUGUCAAUGCUUGGGCAAUAGGAAGGGACCCAAAGUAUUGGACUGAAGCUGAGAAGUUCUACCCUGAGAGGUUUAAUAAUAGUUCAGUUGACUUUAAGGGAAAUAACUUUGAAUUCAUUCCAUUUGGUGGUGGUAGAAGAAUUUGUCCUGGAAUAUCAUUUGCCAUAGCGGAUAUUGAGCUUACUUUAGCACAGCUAUUGUUCCAUUUUGAUUGGAUACUUCCCCAUGGGACCACUCAUGAAAAUCUUGACAUGUCUGAGGUUUUUGGCAUGACUGUGAGAAGAAAAGGGGGUCUCUACGUAAUCCCAAUUCCUAGAAAUCCCUUGGUUAUUGGGUAACGACACAAGAGAUCGAGUUGGUGUUUCCUUCUCUUACUUGAAAUUUGGCUGUAAUAUGACCACUUAUAAGAUCUGAAUUUCCUAUAUGUUCGCCCUUUAGUUUC